AUGGUACGGCCCCUUGCCCCCCAGGUGGAAUUGCCCUUCCCUCCCAAACGAUAUCAUCGAUCGAGUCGUUCCCCGACCUUGCUAACCCUAUACCACGACAGGAUCUGCGAGUCGGAAAACAAGUACCGUAUCGGUCGUAAGAUUGGUUCCGGUUCCUUUGGCGACAUUUACCUGGGCACCAAUAUUAUUUCUGGCGAGGAGAUCGCCAUCAAGCUCGAGAGCGUCAAGGCCAAGCACCCUCAGCUCGAAUAUGAGGCCCGCGUCUACAAGUCCCUGGCUGGCGGUGUCGGCAUUCCCUUCGUCCGCUGGUUCGGUACCGAGUGCGACUAUAAUGCCAUGGUUCUCGACCUGCUUGGCCCCUCCCUCGAGGAUCUCUUCAACUUCUGCAACCGCAAGUUCUCCCUGAAGACGGUCCUCCUCCUCGCCGACCAGCUCAUCUCCCGCAUCGAAUACAUCCAUGCCAAGUCGUUUAUCCACCGUGAUAUCAAGCCCGACAACUUCCUUAUGGGCAUCGGCAAGCGUGGUAACCAGGUCAAUGUGAUCGAUUUCGGUCUGGCCAAGAAGUAUCGCGACCCUAAGACUCACUUCCACAUUCCUUACAGAGAGAACAAGAACCUGACAGGCACUGCCCGUUAUGCCUCUAUUAACACACAUCUUGGUGUCGAGCAAUCUCGACGUGACGAUAUGGAGUCGCUCGGCUACGUGAUGCUCUACUUCUGCCGUGGCUCCCUGCCUUGGCAGGGUCUCAAGGCUGCCACUAAGAAGCAGAAGUACGACCGUAUCAUGGAGAAGAAGAUGACUACCCCUACAGAGGUCCUCUGCCGCGGCUUCCCGAACGAGUUUGCAAUCUACCUGAACUAUACUCGCUCCCUUCGAUUCGAUGAUAAGCCCGACUACAGCUACCUUCGCAAGAUCUUCCGUGAUCUUUUCGUCCGCGAGGGAUUCCAGUACGAUUACGUCUUCGACUGGACUGUCUACAAGUACCAGAAGAACGCCCAGGCUAUUGCCCAGGCUGCAGGAAAUCAGGAAGAGGACGACAAGGCCCGGGCUACUCGUGCCACGGCCGGAACUGCUGGUCAGCCGAACCUCCCUCAAGGUGCCGGAGUGAAGCCUAACGCCAUUUCCAGCUCGCGCCGCAAAAUGAUUGAACAAGAUGCUGGUGCCCGUGCGCACACGCUUGACACCAGCCCUGCAAUUGGCGGAAGCGACAGAACGUUGAGGUCAGCCUCCAAGGGUGCUGGUGCCGGGUAUGGCGCCCAUCGCGCGAGAUGA